AGUGUUUCCGCAGAGCCGCUCGGACACCACGCUUCCUCGCAAGGAGGAGACUGGAGUGAUGGGAUGGACGGGAUAACCUCACUUCUCGGCUGAGGGCGGGGUCCUCCCUCCCUACCUAUCCCUGAUAAAUCUGCGGCGCCGGGACUCGAGGGCGAUCGAGUGGUAAAGUGGGCGGCGAGCACCAGGCGCUGGUUCGCAGAGGGCGGCUGGGCGCUCUGCCGGGACAGAGGAAGGUCCCGGCAGCGAAUGCGGAGAUGCUGACAACUUUUAGGAGCAGAACAGAGCAGGUAACUUUCCUCAGCCCCCCGCGACCAUGGCGGCCAUCGACUUCUCGCAGGUGGAAGCUUUCCUCGACCGACACCCCGACCUCUUCGAGGACUACCUGCUGAGGAAGGGCAAACGCGAGUCGGUCAGCAAGUGGCUGAAGGCGCACAAGGGCGCCAGGCAGGUGGGGGGCGGGCCGCCGGGCGAUGAGAAGCACCCGUGCCCGGCCGAGGCCACUCUCCACCGGUCGUGCCAGAAGGAACUGCGGAGGAGCUUCGCCCGCUCCCGGGCCAUGACCUGCCACCACACCCUGGACGAGUUGGUGUUCCUGCGGUCGGCCGAGCGGGACCCCAGCCCCGGCAGGCGGGCGCUGCUGCGCAAGGCCAGCUCGCUGCCGCCCACCCCGGCGCACCUGCUCAGCGCCCUGCUCGAGUCGCGGGUCAGUGCCCCGCAGCACGCCUCGGCCGCCAGUCACUACAAGCGCUCGCUCAGGGAGGCCGACGAGAGGCAGUUCUUCCUGGAGCUGGUCAAGGACAUCUCCAACGAGCUGGAUCUGACCAGCCUCAGCUACAAGAUCCUCAUCAACCUAUGCAUCAUGGUGGACGCUGACCGCUGCUCCCUCUUCCUGGUCGAGGGUCCACCCCACAAGAAGAGGCUGGUCUCCAAGCUCUUCGACGUACACGCGGGCGCCACGGUGGUGCCGUCGUCCAGCAUGGAGAACUCCAACGAGGUCCAGGUGCCCUGGGGCAAAGGAAUAAUCGGCUAUGUGGCUGAGCACGGGGAGAUUAUCAACAUGCCCGAUGCCUACGAGGAUCACCGGUUUAACGAUGAAAUCGACAAGCUGGCAGGUUAUAAGACGAAAUCCAUUCUGUGCAUGCCGAUUCAGAAUUGUGACGGAGAGAUCAUUGGAGUGGCACAAGCCAUCAACAAAAAUCCCGCUGGAGUUCCCUUCACCGAAGACGAUGAAAAGGUGCUACAGAUGUACUUGCCAUUCUGUGGAAUAUCCAUAUCAAAUGCCAAGCUCUUCGCAGCAUCUCGCAAGGAGUACGACAGAAGCAGGGCAUUGCUGAAGGUUGUCAACGACUUGUUUGAGGAGCAAACGGAGCUGGAGAAGGUUGUCAGGAAGAUCAUGCAGCGAGCUCUGACCCUGUUGCAGUGUGAACGGUGCUCAGUCCUUCUGCUAGAAGACAUUGAGUCUCCCAUCUGUCUUGCUUCCAAAUCCACUUUCAAAGCAACAGCACCGCUCGAGGUGGUGAAGUUUUCUAAGACCUUUGAGCUGAUGUCUCCACUGUGUUGUGUUGAGAGCCAUAUCAGCAGGGAGAAAUUAUCCUGCUCUGGUUGGCUGAUCAACAACAGGAUUGCAGAGCUGGUUGCAUCAACAGGUCUUCCAGUGAAUAUCAGUGAUGUCUAUCAGGACCCUCGCUUUGACACUGAGGCAGACCAGAUGUCUGGUUUUCACAUUCACUCAGUGUUGUGCGUACCCAUCUGGAAUAGUAAUCAUCAAAUCAUUGGAGUUGCUCAGAUACUCAACCGGUUGGAUAGGAAAACGUUUGAUGAUGCCGAUCAGAGGUUAUUUGAGGCCUUCGUCAUUUUCUGCGGCCUUGGCAUCAACAACACAAUAAUGUACAACGAAGUGAAGAAAUCCUGGGCAAAGCAAUCGGUGGCUCUUGAUCUGCUGUCCUACCAUGCCACAUGCUCAAAAGUAGAGGUUGAUCGACUGAAGGCUGCCAAACUCCCGACGGUCAGUGAGCUGGGGAUUGCGCAUUUUUCCUUCAACGACUUUUCCCUCGACAGCGAUGGAAUGAUCACAGCCUCCCUGAGAAUGUUCAAGGAGCUGGGAAUUGUGCAGAAGUUCAAAGUGGAUUAUGAGGUUCUGUGUUGCUGGCUGCUUACCGUGCGAAAAAAUUACCGUGCUGUUCCGUACCACAACUGGCGUCAUGCAUUUAAUGUUGCUCAGUGCAUGUUUGCAUUGAUAACAACUGCUGGUUUUCGGGAAAUUCUGACUGAUAUUGAAAUUUUAGCCUUGAUGGUGGGUUGCCUUUGCCACGAUCUUGAUCACAGAGGAACAAACAAUGCUUUCCAGGAAAAGAGCAGAUCAGCUUUAGCACAGCUGUAUGGGACAUCUGCCACUCUGGAGCACCAUCACUUCAACCAUGCUGUAAUGAUAUUGCAGAGUGAGGGACACAACAUUUUUGCCAACCUUUCCUCCAAAGAAUACAGCGAUUUGAUGCAGUUGCUGAAGCAGGCUAUCCUGUCCACUGACCUCAUGCUUUACUUUGAGCUGCGCUCUACGUUCUUCGAGUAUGUCAUGUCCGGGGAACAUAACUGGUGCCUUGAGAAGCACAGGCAAAUGCUGAGGUCUAUGCUGAUGACAGCCUGUGAUUUAGGAGCAGUUACCAAGCCUUGGGAGAUCUCUAAGCAGGUGGCAGAGUUGGUAACGAGUGAGUUCUUCGAGCAAGGAGACAGGGAGAGAGCCGAACUGAAGCUGACACCAGCUGCUAUCUUUGACCGAAAUAGGAAGGACGAGUUACCGGGUCUUCAGCUGGAGUGGAUUGAUGGGAUUUGCAAGCCUUUGUUUGAGGCAUUGGCCAGGCUGAACGGCAGGAUCCAGCCAUUGGUGAACGGGAUCAAUGCAAAUAGGACUAAGUGGGAGGAGCUUUAUACAAUGCACCGUCAGUCCCACGAUGUCGCAGAUGCUGCUAAUUGCACACUGAAGAUUGAAGUAAUCAACUAGUGAAAUUCAGACCUUAACAUGUUUCUGGCCUGACCUUACACUGCAUUAGGCAGUUUGACCCUCUGGCAGAUGGAAUGUUAAUAGCCAAGAUGCAAAUACUGUGAAUCAUCAAUAUUACUUUGGCUGCAGCAUGAACCUUCAGCGACAUUACCAUAAAUCCCAUCUGCGUAGCUGCAGAGGAAGAGGCGCAAAUUCAUUUUGCCCUCUGAUCAAGUCUUGGGUAUUGAAUGGAGUUUAACACCGCAAAUAUUCAACAAGAAAAUCGGCCAUCAACAGUCAUGGACCAUUUCACACGUAUCCCAUCGUGCACCACUCUGUUUGCUACCUAAGAGCAUCCAGUAAUUACCGUGGUGAUUAAAAUCAUAAUCUGCCAUCUGCUACCACUGCAUUCUUUCGGUGCUUUAAAAGAAACCUGCUACUGGCUGGACAGCUUUAUUAAAGCGAAUUCUAGUUAAAUCUGUUGGCAGCAGGGUACAGUGUCAGACUGACAAUGGCUUAUUGAUGUUCAAGGCAAGAUGCUUGCCUGACAAGUAACUGCUCGGCAUUCUGGGAUGGAUCCAAGGGACUCCAAUUAAAAUGCCAUUCCAGAAGCAUUUUUGAAUAUCAAUUGAGGCAUCAAUUUCUCAUCAGGUUUCAGCGGCAUUGAUCAUGUGUCGGAGUCAGUAUUUUAAUGAGAUAGUUAAUGCUGCAUGUACAACCUUAUCUUUAGGGAAAAGUGGGCAUACUGUGGUUUCCAAUUUUAGUGUCACUGAUCAUACUAAAUGAUGUGGUCACAUGAUCUGUAGCCAGUUACUUUUCCGGCAAUGUCAAUUUUAUCGUCAAAUAGUUAUUCUUACGCCAUGGAUGACUGAUCAAAGCAUUUUAAAAAAUUUUUACUUUAUUCAGAGGUAUAGCACAGAACAGCCCUUCUGGCCCAACAAGCCUCACCACCCAGUAACUCUGGUCUAAUCACAAGGCAAUUUUCAAUGACCAAUUAGCCUACUAACCAAUACGUCGUUGGACUGUGGGUGGAAACCAGAUCACCCGGUGGAAACGCACACACUCACAGGAAGGAUAUACAAACUUCUAACUGAAGAUGGGUCUCGACCCAAAGUGUUGACUGUUUAUUAAUUUCCAUGGAUCCUGCCUGACCUAAUGAGUUCCUCCAGCAUUUUGUGUGAGUUGCCUCCAAUUUCUCACGGACGGUGUUAAAAUUGAUCUCUGAACUCCGGCACCCCCAGAUGUAAUAGCAUCGUGCUAACUGCUACGUUGCCAUGGCGCCCAUAAUUAAAACAUACUUUUAUUUAAGAGGUCUAGAAAAAGGAGAAAGUCUGCAGAUGCUGGGGUGCAAAGUGGUGGAAGAACUCCGCAGGCCAGGCAGCGUCAAUGGAAGAGAUUAAAUAGCCGACGUUUUGGGCCGAGACCCUUUAGCAGGACUGGGAAGAAAGAGGAGAAGCCAGAGUUAAAAGGUGGGGGAGGGGAGGUGCAUUUGAUUUUGUUUAACGACAACAAUUUUUACAGAGAAAAGCAUCUGAAAUUAAAACAAACCUCCAGCCUCUCCAGUGAUCAGUGCUUUGUUUGAGAAUGAGCCUGUCACAAGAAGAUGAAGUGUUCUGUUUGAAUCGAGAUAAUCUCGUGGGCCAACAUUAGUAUAUUAGCAGAACUAAAAUAAUUGACCUCAGAACUUGUGGGCAAAUGAGACAGAAAAUCACACAAUUGUGGUUAAGUGAAUGCUAAAUUGAAGCAAUGUGUGUACUUAGGGUCUGUACAGUAUCAAAUUCACCUGUAACAUCCUCCAGAAAAUUGAACGCUAGCAUGCAGAACUGGAAUGUGGGUUAAAUAAUGCAAACACCCAAGGGAAGUAUCACAGCAUGAAGCACUAAUUAUUGAAGAGAAAAAAAACUGACGAGAAAAGUAAACCUACUUGUAUUAGGUGAGAACAAGAAUUCUCUUAGUAUGAUGACUAGAACACAGAACAUAGACCAGUACAACAAGCAACAGGCCCUUUGACUAUGCCGAACCAGUUAAAUUUGUAAUCAAAUGGCCAACUAAACUAGUGCCCUCUGCCUACACAGUCUGCCAUAUCCUUCCAUUCCCAUACAUUCAUUUGCCUCUCUCAACAUCUCUUAAAAGUUCUACCACCUCGCCAGGCAGCACAUUACAGGCAUCCACCACUCUCUGUCAAAAACUUUUCUCUCACAUUUUCUUCGAGCUUACCCCCCUCGCCUUAAAUGCAUGCCCUCUGGUAUUAUUUCAACCCUGGGACUUUAAAAUUAUUGAACCAGUUCAGAAGUAUUAAAGAGAAAGACAGAUUAAUUUAUAUUGUGAUGCAGAUUCACAAUCUCACAAAAUGUCAGCGCUGAGUUACUGUUAAAACAACGCGGCAGUGUACUGGUCACUUUACAGUACCAGCCAUCACUGAUCCGGGUUCAAUUCCUGCCACUGCCUUUAAGGAGUUUGUAAAUUCUCCCCGUGACCGCCUCAGUUUCCUCUGGGUACUCCGGCUUCCUCUCCGGUUCCAAAGGGCUAGUGAGAUAUAGGCAUUCCAUGCUGAUGCCGGAAACGUGGCGACAAUCCUUGCUGAUUUGGUCUGACACAAACAACGUAUUUCACUGUAUAUUUUGAUGUGCAUGUGAUAAAGUUAAUCUUUAAGUGUACUCACCUUUGUUAAAUAGGAAAUUGUACAGUAAUUGUAACACAAUGAAAUCACACAAUUGUAGCUGUUUCACAACAAAUUUCAAGACAUAUGUCAAUGAUACCAAACCUGAUUCUGAUUCUGAACCUGAUUCCAGACAGAGUACAGUGUUUGCCUGCCGUUACUCUGAGUAUUAAACAUCCAAUCCUUCUAUCCCCUACCUACUAGCACUGGGCCUUUAACAUAGAGUCCAAACCACGUUCUUUCUGACUGCUGCUUGCCUAUUGAGAGAAUGGGAUAGAUGGGUUAGGGUUAACCUCAAAUUAAUGUUCGAAUUUGCAGAUCUGCCAAAGUCAUCUAAAUUAUACUGUUACUUUUACUUAGUAAUAUUAGCAGCAGGCAGGCUCAGCCGAUCAUCCCCCUGAUGUCAGCAAGAUAUUCUUAAAAAGAGUAAGUUACACUCUAAGACUCAAGACACUAUCUGAGCAGCCACUUCAUCGCAGUGUUGGAAGGAGUGUACUGGUUAAGAUAAUGCACACAAGGUGAGACGUUAAACUAAAACACUCAAUUUUUGUUCAGUCUGAAAUUACGCCCAGUGAACACUUUAUUAAGUACAUAAGAGAAAUGCUCAUGGUCUUCUGCUGCUGUGGGUGUGGCCCAACCACUUCAAAGUGCAACGUGUUGUGUGUUCAGAGAUGCUCUUCUGCACACGACUGUUCUACAGUGUUGUUAGUUGAAUGACUGUUGGCUUCCUGUCAGCUUGAACCAGUCUGACCCCGACCUCUCUCACUAACAAGAUACUUUCACCUGCAGAACUGCCGCUCUUUUUUUUUGGUUUGUCUUUUGCACCAUUCUUUUAAACUCGAGAGACUCUUGUAAGUGAAAGUCCCAGAAGAUUAGCAGUUCCUGAGAUAUGCAAAUCACUCCAUUUGGCACCAACAAUCAUUCCACAAACAAAGUCACUUAGAUCACAUUUCUCCCCCAUUCUGACGUUUGAUCUAAACAUCAACUGAACUUCUUGACCAUGUCUGCAUGCUUUUAUGUAUUGAAUUGGUGCCACAUGAUUGGCUGAUUAGGUAUUUGCAUUUAUAAACAAGUUUACUUAAUAAGAUGACCACUGACUGUUGAAUUUCAGUGUCACUAAUCAGUGGGGACCAACAUCACCAAAAACACAUUAUUUACUGUACUGUGUUGUUGACAUGAUGUGGAGGGUGUAUGUGUAAAUCUGGUGGGAGCAAAGGAUGUUGGGAAUGUCAAGGUGGAGCACCGUGGGAGUAGUGUGUGACAGGUGGCAGAGAAGGAAUGCCGGUGGGGAGGGAUGGUGUGGGUGCAGACACACCCAGCCCUGAGACACCAGGCAGGGUCAUUUGAUUCCAAAUGAUUGGUUUAUUGAUCAUUACAGAAUGUCUCUCUGGUGCUUCCCACUCUCUCUCCUCUCCCUUCCCCUUCCACAAUAGGGGCCCAGAUCAGAGUCAGAUAUAUCAUUGCUUACAUAAGCAAAAAAAAAUUGUUUUAAUUUUUAAAACUUUAAUUUGUGAAAUUUCUUGGAUGCAUGAUAUUGAAUGGUACUGAAAAAAAAAACAUUUCAUACCAUUGGCUGUAACUUUAAAGAAAAACUAAAGGUUUCAAGCAAAAAAAGGAACAAAAUGCACAGCAAAACCUUUGACAAUAAAGCAUUUACAACUCACUAGUGCUGUAAUGAGAGUUCUCCGGAAAAUAACUGAUAUGCCAGAAUGAAGGUGUGCCGGAAUCAAUGUCAUGUUCAUUUCGGCUCAUGAAAUGGCAACAAAGCAAAUUUGAAUUGUUUCUAUAGAAUGGCCUGAUGCAAUGAUGGUAAAUUCUGGAUCAAGUACCUUAAGCAUGUUUGAUUAAAUAAAAUAACUGCGAUGAUUGAUAUAACUGACUACCAAGAUGCACUGAGGAAAGCAUUCAUUAACCAUUACACUCAUAGUCUUGGAAUGUAGCUGUUAACGAGAAGAGGUGAAACACCAUGGCAUAAAAAACAUUACAAUAUCAUAAACAGGAGCAAGAGCCAAUUUUAUGAGCAUGUGUUUAAAAAUAACUUGCAAGUUUCUGACAGGUCAAGAUAACUAGCUUCAAAAUGAUUUCUUCAAAAGGAAUCAAACUAAGAAAAAUAUUUCCCUUUUCAUUUUAUUGAAGUAAGGAGUGUUAACUAUUUUGGGGAUUGUUUGUCACAGUGCAUGUCUCAAUCCUUUUAACAAUCUAGACAGAAUAUUUUAUACUCAUGGUAUUUGCACUUUAAUUUCAAAUAUUGCCCUACACUUACUCCACAGAGUGAAAUUAGUUGCAGAUACAUUUUGGGCUAUUUAUUUAGAGAUGUGUAAUUUAGACAAGUCAGUCAUACAUUCAGUUCCUUGUUUAUGUAGCUGUUGAAUUAACAUUUAAUGAGACGUUGAUGAAUUGUUUUCAUGCAGGAAUAUUGCUUCACAGGGCAUUUAUUUUCUCUACAUGUACUGUAUAUUUACACUCAUCGAAUUCCCUGUGGUCCAGUAAAAUAAAACUAUGGCCUCAUA